UUUGAAGAAUUUAUACUUUCCCAAGUGAUCCCCAAUAUGAAUCCCUUUCCUGGCAAGAAUAGUGUUCUGGUGAUGGAUAAUGCGAGGAUUCAUCACAAUGCUGAAUGGGUAUCAAUUAUUGAGGAGCUAGGAGGGCGUGUCUUAUUUCUACCACCAUAUUUCCCUGAUUUUAACCCUAUUGAACUAGCUUUCUCAACUAUCAAAGCUUGGCUCAAUAGAAAUAACGAUUUUACGAAUGCUUGCGAAGACCCUACUUAUUCAUUACUACUUGCGUGUGCACAAAUUACGCCAGAAAUGGCUCACGGUUAUUUCAAUAAAUCAAUUUAUUGUUAA